ACAGAAGUGAUGGCCUCAGGAUAAAGUGGUCUGUGUGUGGUUGUAUCUGAUCCUCCCUGGCAUUGAGAGUAUGUGAUAGGGGGGUUGAUGGUCAUCAGGAGGCCCUGGGGAUGUGACCACCAUGUGUGACCUCAUGUCAGUGUCCUCUCUCUCUCUCUCUCUCUCUGUCUCUCCCUCAGAGCUGAUCGAUGGCACUCCCACACUCAAGAUGAACCAUGGCUCGGGCACACUGGUCCUGCAGUUGCCAGGCAACGUAAAUGUGGCGGACAGACGGUGGCACCGUCUGGACGUGAGGAGCAACAGUAAGGAGGUACGCUUCACACUGGACCGCUGUGCCGGGGCCACCGUCAUGGAGAUGGAGGGAGUGGGCAGCUGGCUGACCACAGAGGACCACUCGUCCUGUGAGGUCACUGGUGUCACACCCAACCUGGACAGGCACCUGAAUGGGACCCAGGUGUUACAGCUGGGUGGAGUCAAUGAGAACCUGCCCUAUGCCUACCCGCAGUUACAACACAAACACUUUACCGGCUGCGUCCGGAACCUCAUUGUCGACAGCAAGUUCUAUGACUUGGGCACUCCAGCGGACUCUGUGGGCAGCUCUCCGGGGUGUCUGACUACGGAUGGGAGCUGUGUCAACGUGGGCAUCCCCUCCUGUGGCCCUAGGGGUCGCUGCCAUGGAGAGUGGGGCUCCUUCAGCUGCCAGUGCAUACCGGGGUACACUGGGAAUCAGUGUGAGCAGGAAGUUCCAGAGUAUUCCUUUGAUGGGCGGAGUCAUGUUCAUUACCAGUUGGCAUCUCCUCUGCCAGCCCGGCGGACCCAGGUACAGGUUCUGGUCCGGACCCGCAAACAUGGUAGUGCCAUCCUCAGCCUACUGUCGAAGGAACAGAGUGAAUACCUGCGCUUAGAGAUCUACCAGGGCCUACUGGCUGUCUUCUAUAACCUGGGAACGGAGACUACAACCUGACACUGCCCUCCUGUCGCCUGGACAAUGGUGAGUGGCACGAUGUCUACAUGGAUCGUCACGACAACGAGCUGACCCUGCGUCUGGAUGGG